UAUUCCCGCUGCCCCAGUCGUGGUUACAACUCCCGGGAGUUAGUGCGUACUGUGCUGCUGUAAAUUUCUUGCAAUGAAUACUAUCACAUGUUGCUUUACCAAACAGUGCUAUAGUUCGAAGGACCCAAUUGAUAAUUGUGUGUGCGUUAGAUAAGGGAUUCAGUGGAUGCAGUGAACUUAUUGACAUCGUUAGUGUAAGAGAGAGCGCGUGAUGGCCCUCACGCAUAAUUAUUCAUUCUGUGGAUGAUAUAGUGUUUAAUAAGUUUUAAUAAGGACAUUGAUAAUAGAUUUAAAAAUGGGUGUGACCGAAUUUGAUUGGGAUUCCUGCAAUGGAUAUUAUUCAGGUGAAGAAUCCGUCGGUUCGAUCAACACAAUGUCGAUAUGCAAGUCGGAGCUGUUGUUCUCCCCGGUGAAGGAGGGCGGACACGGCGUCCACUUCAGCGUGGACAGUCUCGACUGCGAGCUGCCCACCGAGCAGGACCUCAUCCUAACCUGCCAGGCCAACAAGGACAACUACACGAUCGCCUUCGAGGGCAGCCUCACCACUUACUCUGAGGAUAGUGAGUGCGCCGAACCAGCCGUCAAUCAAAAACAUGACAAAUUGGGUAAGGAAGAAGAAAACGUAACUUUAGAUAACGAUGAAAGAACGCGCAGGAAUUUAGAAUUAUUAGAAAGAUGUAAGAAGAUUACAAAUAAGUUAACAACAUCUAUGGCUAGAAGUGAUUUAGGAUUAACCACAUGGAGUAAACUUAAGAAACAAAGCAGUCAGUCGCCAUUAAGAAGACACCCAUCAGGCAACAACAAUGAAGACUCGAAUGAAUCGACUGAUGCCACAAACGACAUGAACAAUUCUGUUAUCAAAAGCCAAAGUUUACCUAAUCUUUAUAGAAGAAAAUUUAUGAAUAGUUCCAUUAACUCCGCGGCUUUAAGCAACUCGACGGUCGACUCCUUUACCGCCAACCAGAGGCUGUCCGGCACACCCGUGUGUAUGAAAGUUUACGAUGUAUCUCAACAACGUUCAACACACGGAAGUCAACAUUCAGAGCCAAUGAGCACCUCGUCUACUGACAAUCAGACUUCCACGGAUAAAAGUCAGCCAAAACAAUCGUUUAGUCUAGUAAAACUAUUUAUGAAGCAAAAAAGUAUGAGCAAUGACGGCAUUGUCAAUAUGGAACAAAUGGAUAGAUCUGAGUGCUGGCCGUCUAGUUCUGGGGGUGAAAGCGGAGAGUCAGUGGGAGAGCAAAAAAUGGGAGACUCAAAAACUAUAUCGGCUGAUCGACCGCCUCUAGAGGUACCUGGUAGUGUUGUUGAAGAGAACGCUUCAGCUGUUUAUGAAGAAAUUCCAGCUUCGAACCCGUUCGCCAAUAGAGUCUAUGAUGAUGUAUUAAUUGAAGAAGAAGAGACGAUCGAAGAAGUUAAAUUCAGUGAUAGCGAAACUAAUUUGUAUGCCACAGUCAACAAACCAAUUAUUAAAAGAUCUAAUAUGAAUAUAAUGAACAGUCCAUGCAAAUUGAGAAGCAAUCGCAAAUCAUGUUCUUCUCAGUCUUCAGCUACUAGUGUCAGCAUUUCAAGUUGUUCUGAGUCAGACGGCACACAGAUCACAAAAAUGAACAGAUUGCUGCAAAGAGAACCCUGUGACCACAAGACCACUUCAACCCAUCUUGAAAGUGAAACUAUCGAUAAGAGCAUCCAAACUUCAAGUAUGCAGCACUCUAGUAUCUCCCACGAACGUGAAUUGUUUAAAGUUGUAGAGCCAUCAUUCUUGCAAAAACUCAAAGAGGGUGGAUGCGAAAAACCUGUCUUUGUUCUUUACCCUAACUAUACUUUACCAGAUAUAAGUUUCCUAAACGGAAGGCCAAACAUUUACUUAAAUCCACUGAAAGUCAAUGUUUCACCGAAAACAAGUGAAAUGAAAAGAAAUAGAUUGCAAGUAAAAGGGAAACGUCCAUUUUCGUGCAAUGAUGUUGAAAUGCUAAAAAAGAAAGGUCUUGGACAUAUUAAAGACUGGGAUUCGCUAAACUUUUUGUUGCCAAUGGAAUGCAAGCAAAUGUUGUCAGAGAUGCCGGAACUAAUGCAACACGUCAAAGAUAAGGAGACUAGGUGUGGCGAGAAAUACUGUAACGCUACUCCCUCAAAAUCUAAAAACAGGCCUAUGAGUUGCGACUGUAACAAUCUAGCAGGAAACACCACCGCAGUUUCAUCUAGUUCAAGUACAGCCACUCAACCGUCUUCGGGUUAUCGAGGUUCAUCUACUAUGUUAACGGAUUCUUCUGCACAAAACAGCCCUGCACCUGCUGGAAACUUUAAUCCUUUGUUCGUCUAUCGCUAUGAUAGUGCGACAAGCUCUGAAGCAAGUGCAAACAAUGAAGGUCAAAGAGGAAAUCCUAUUAUUCCUAGACGAUCAUUAUCGUUGGCGGAUCAAAAUCGCAUUGUCAAACAAGGGGAGUUAGCUCCUCCGCGACCACCAUUGCCAAAAAGCAUAUUACGCAAAUCUAUGGAUAAGACACGCAAAGCUAGUGCGCACACUAAACGCUACAGCAUGUUUGAGAUGGAUGAAUUGAUUCAAGAUCCUAUUGUAUGUAUGACAGCUGCAACAGAACAUAAGACUAAAAGAAGGUCGCUUCAAGAGCCCUACUACUUACAAAAUCAAAAUGUAGAUUACAGGAAAAACAACGAUUUGGCCGCAAAGCGACUCUCGCAACAAUUCCUAGACGCGGCUGACAAAGACGCUGAUUAUAAUGAAUACUAUCCUGAUGAAGGAGUAGGGACUGAAAGCAGUCUAGAAUCAGGAAAAUCUAACGAGAUCAAGCUUCACAGACCUCAUACACCUCCGCUACCUAAACCGCGCACAAAGAAAAUGGAAUACACAGAAUUCCCUCCCCCAGGAGCUCUUAUAAGCAGUGCCGAUUUGCAGCAAUUAGAAGAAUUCCUAAAACAAAGCGGUUUCAACUGCCAAAAUAUGGAUGAAUGGGAUCAAAAUCAGGUGCAAAAGGGUAAAAACUUAGCUGAAAUGCCUAUCUGCGAAGAAGCUGAAGUAAGUCCCGAUGAGUUUGGUAGUCCCGUGCGCAUUGAAGGUAGACCGAAGUACGAUGUGAUUGAUGUGUCACAAAAGAGAGCCCUGGUUUCGAACGUGACGGACGCUGUAGAAAUGUUAAUUCAACACUUUUCCCCGGCGACCGACCAAGCGGAACUCGGUUUCCUGGGAGACUCGAAGCAAUCCCCGGCUUGCGCUAAGAUAGCUCUAAAUGCUUUGUGUCCAGCAUUGUAUGCCGUUUUUAGAGACGGCCUUAAAGAGAACAUUGAAACCUCAUUUGGAGCUGUCAAUAAUUCCGUUUGGCAAAUGGUAGAAGCUACAGCGAGACAGGGUCCCAUUACAAAAUCUUUAAACGAAUUGGUAUUGAGGAUAAAUAGUGAGGAUGCGGUAACUGAAGGACUGGUUAAAUUCAACGCAUUCAUUUUGGGUUUGCUCAACGCACAAACGGUCGAUGCAUGGGUGUCGUACGUCCGUACGCGGGAAUCGAUCCUCGCAAAACAUUACGGGCCGGACUCCCUGAUCCUCGCUGGUUGUGUCGGGGAGCCACGAUGCCGAGCCCUUCUGGAUACGUUGUUGGCCAGUCUGGAACCCUUGAAACUGCUUCCGUUCUCACUCGAUCUUAUGUUCGAAAUGCGGGAACUGCACAGGAGUUUCAAGAGAAUCGAAAGCGACAUGCGGGCUGCAAGCAGGCCCACUACGAUUAACCCACCACUAACACUGAACCAGCGCAACUUGCUGAAGCUGGUACGUUCGAUGCAGUCGAGCGGCCUGUCCAGCGACGACUGCCAGACCAGCGUUAUCAUGAGACACAAAGAGCCCAAAAACAAGGAGCCAUCCACACCCGACCUCUUGAACGAUUCUGCAAAUGUCAAAACAAUAGUAGAAAAGAACCGACCGCGCUCGUGCGUCAAUCCUCUCGCAAUUGGCUAUGACGUGUGUCCAAACAACAGCAGAAUUGAAUUAGAAAUGAACCGCAGAUGGUCUGGGAUUCACUUGGGCUCUAAAUUGAUGCAAGCGUUCGACCGGCUCGUGUUUGACGACAGCGAUGAUUACACAGAUAGUUUAGAGAACAAUAAACCGUCCGCUAAGGCGUCCGGCAAUGAAGCGAAGCUGGAGUCUAGCGGCGAGGAGCCCUGGCGCCCAGGGUCGGCGAGUAGCGCGGGCAGUGGGAACACGGGCAAUGCCAACACGGGAGGCAAGUUCAGAAGAUUGCAACUUAAGUGGGAGAUGCUUAGUAACGCUGAGAGUCCCGUCACGCCGUCCGGGGAGACGUCGCCGGCGACGGCGCGCGGGUCCAAGAUCCCGCGGCCGGUGUCGUCGCCCGUCCGCCCGCACGCGCCCGCGCUGCACUCGCCCGCCAAGAACACGCACAGAGGUAUACCGGUACCAGUACGUAAAGGCAAUUCCCCAACUGCAACCACCCCGAGGACCGGCGCCACCGCCCGGACAAACACCGCCAAUAAGAAACCGCCUCAACCCGCUAACCGAGUAAUACCUGAGCCAGCUGCGAAGAAACUGAACCCGACGAGGCCGCGCCUCACAACCGAUGCCUUUGCUAAAUACAACACAAAUGCUAAGAAAUCUCCCACGUCGCGCGUGGACCAGGCGUGGGGCGGCGCGGGCGGGGCGGGCGCGCCGCGGCCGGCCUCGCUGCCGUACGGGCGACCCGCGCCCCCCGCCGCGCCGCGCCGCGCCGCCUCCUCCUCCGCCGCCCGCCACCAGCACGGCGCCGCGCAGAAGAACAAAUACGUCAGAACGCUAUGGCAUAGGCUGCCGUCGGAUUCGGGACAUCUCGCCUUCAACGAAGGCGAAAGGCUCCGUCUGAUCCUCGAGGUGGACGACCAAUACUUGCUGUGUUGCCGCGGCGACCAGAAAGGGCUGGUCCCGCGGGACGCAGUGCUCCUCGAGGACUUCUGAUAUUGGCCUUCCGACCAGGAGUGGCAGCCAUGUUGGAGGCCGCUUAGGUUCGGCACCAACCCUCCAAGAAAGUAAAGGAUUUUCACGGCCGUAGCUAAGAUUUUGUGAGUGAGUUGAGUACUUUUUUAAUUUUAAAAAUUUUCAAUCAAAACAAACUAUAUGCUAGAUGGGUAAGAUCCUCAGUGACAGCGUAGCUACGGCCUUAUUGUGAUCCCGUUCAUAGCGUAAUCGAGGACUGCCACGGCGUUGUGACGCUGUAUAUUCUGUGACAGUGAGCAAGUGAACCUGUGCAAUAGGUAUAGAAUGUGAUACAAAUCGGAACACUACGUUAAGAACGUUUAUAAUUCGUGCGAUCAAGUCUGAACAUAUGAACGCUUUUGGGGACAUUAAUACUGUACAUAUAAUGCCUAGUUUAGGUGAAGGAAUGUUUCUCUGUCAUUUUGUAUGUUUGUUUCGUUAAAGUUGCCUUACAAUAAUCAUUACCUGAAUCUUACAUCACCGCGCGAAGUCUCACAUGUUUAAUUCUGUAGUAAAAUCUAGUCUUACGUUAUAAAUCACGACAAAGUUUUUGUGUGUAUAUACUAUUAUUAAGAAGCGUUUAUAGUGAGAAUAUUUACUGAUGAUCAACGAGCAUUAACAGUAAAUGUUUAUCUCAAUCGGAUGUGAUAUAGAUUACAUACUAUUUAAUUAUAUAAAAAAUAUCCUUUCAAGGAGAACCCUGAUCGUAAGGAAUUAUUUGAAAGUCGCUUCUACCGAGAGAAAGGCACCGAUUAAAUUGAUGUCGUGUAAAUUAUAAUAGAAUCAAAUGAAUUCGUUGAUGUUUACGUACAAUCGUAUUGAAACGGCCGCACCCAUCCGACGAGGUUCGCGGGCUGUGUGUAAAUAUAUCCUUAUACGCAUAGUUGUUUGUGUAUUUAGAUACUGUGCGUUUAGCAAAUUAAAUUGGCAAAUUUACUUACGGAAUUGUUUUGGUGCGGUAUGUGUAUUUGGAUAGUGUUAAUGUUCCACGGAUUGCGUUAACUCCUCGUGGUACUGAUCGCAUGCAGCCUAUCCUGAACACCUUCCUGUGCAGUCUGUGGGGUCAGUCGGGUGGCUUAACAUGUUCACGAUACUAACUGCACGACUCCCACCGCCUCGCCUCUCCUGAAGCCGACCUGCUGUUACAACGUCGGUGUCACUCGGUGUUGGAAUAACAACCUGGGAACAACUAAUUGCAUGAGCCUCUCCGUCUCUCACUCCUUCAGUCCAGCACUGUCGAUCAAUUAUCAACUCAUUGCCAUUUAAACACGUACUAAUUUACCUUACCGCGCCUACAAAUUCAACGAAGUGGGUGUAUGUGAAAAUGUAUAUUGUUUUUGUGUAAAUUCAUUUCGUAAUCGUUUGCUUGUAUUAUCAAAUAUUGUGAUAUUGGUCAUAUCGCAGCUUCUGGGAAGCGUAGAGAAAUGAUAUUUUGGUAUGUCGAUGUAUUGCUCAAGUCGGAAUCACAACGUUUUGGAUAUGAUAUUAUGGAUAUAAAUACUCCCUUAUACGUAUUAUUGUACUUCUCGAUGUUUGGUGUUUGUUUAUCGAUAUAUUAUAAUGUUGUACAUAACACGUAUUAACGAUAAUCUCGUAGUUUAUAUGAAAAGGUGAAAGUAACCAAACCUUUUGAAUGCACGAUACAGUUCCUCGCGUAGUCCGUCGUGCUGUCUCGCACACACGUGUAGCGUUGUGUUGAUUAGAAAUCAAAAUUAAUAUAAUCGGUGUGAUGGUGCCUUUCUCGAGCGGACGCGACGUAUCGAAGUUCUUGCCAACAACGUUCGCACCAACCAGAGGCUCGUCGACACGAUAAUCUCAUUAAAAUAAGAUGAACGUUAGUUGACAUGACAUAGUACUGCGAUAGGUAUAAAUUAAACAAUAAUUAGGUUAAAAUGUUAUCAAAAUUAUAGUUGAAAUAUUAGAUCACGGUAGCCCCGUAUAGUGGUAAAUUGUGACAUCAACUCUGUAUUAUAUAUUUUUGGAAUGAAUUCAUAAAUCUGCGCUUUGUGACUGAAUGAUGUGAUGUGGCCUUUGUAUGUUAUAAAGUUGUGAUGUGUGUGUGCUUGUUGCAUCGGUCGGUGAGUCGAUAUAUGUUUAUUCAUCGUGUCUACUUAAUAUAAUACUGUACGUAUAGCAUGAGGAAGCUUCCACAAAUUAUUUAUGUAAUUUAUAUUAAUCUAAUCUCCUAAUAGCCGUUAAAGUAUUAGUCGAGUAAACAUGCCUUAAAAUAUUCAAAUGACUUAAUGGAACAUAGGCGAUGCAUGGUGAGUCGAUGGCGUUUGCUUUGCGAUAGCUUCACACGUAAUCGCUUUGCAGUUAACGCGUGUAUCUUUUGCAGUAACCUUAGGGAGUUUGUUAGAAGUAAGUUUUUAUGAAAGGUUUGUAUUAUUGAACGAUGUUGAAAGAUUUUUUUAUAAAACGACAUCCUGCGCGUUCGUUUUAACAUAUUGUUGGAUACAUGUGGUGAGUCAUUUGUCCUUGUGGGUACAAACGUUAAGUUAUUACUGUCGAAUUUGUUUAAGAUUUAAUUUAUAAUUUUACGAUUGGGAUCAAUAAGUUGAAUUUUGUGUUGAAAAUUUAUUUUCGUAUAAAAUAAUAAAAAUGUAAGAAAAACAGGCUUUCAUUAAUACGAAACGUCAACGAACGACUGAGAAUCUAAUUCCGAAUAUAUUAAGUUUACCUCGAAAAUCAAAUUAACAAUUUCGUUUCGACAAGACAUGUUGUCAAUCAGUGUAUGUAUUGUUAUAUUUUUAUUUGUGUUAAGUGCCAUAAUUUAAUGAAUUAACAAUUGAUAAAAUAUUAUUGUAAUGCAUAACCAUGUACACCAAUUAAAUAAUAUAUAAAA